UCUGACAUGGCCCCUUCUGCACAGGCCCGCCACCGCCUCUUUCUUUCAAACACUCAGUGCAUUUAGAGACUGAUCUUGUGCAGAAAAUAUCCCUGACAUUUGAGGAGCUCCAGGGAUUCAAUGAGCAUGCUCAGUCCUCCCCGCCUGGUAGCCAGAGGAAGCUGGUUUACAUACGAGUCAUACCAAGCAUAGCCUGCAUGUCAGUGCAGUUAACUUGCAGCGGGCUGUGAGCAGAACUAGCGUGGCUUUGUCCCAGGAAACUUCCCUUGUUUCUGUUGUCUUUUUUUUUCUCGGUGGUUGUUUUUUUUGUUGUUUGUUGUUUUUUUUUUUAAGUUGAAAAAAGACUUGAAAAGUUUUUAGAUAGUCGUCUUUGUAUUGAAGGACACAGUAUACUUUAGUUUUCAGAAGUUUGGAAGGGAGAGUGUGUGUGUUUUAAUCCCUCCAACUUUCCUUUAAUAUACUUUGUUUUGAUUAGCAGACGGCUGGGCUUUGCGCUAGUGAAGUUUAGGAAGCCGGAGCAUACUCGGCACCAUUCGCCUGGCUUCCUCCUCCCUGAACCUGUGCAAAAGCAAAUAAGCUGGUCUCUUUUGCUAGCCCGAUAAAUGCUAUUUAUGAAGAUGGACCUGUUGAACUACCAAUACUUGGACAAGAUGAACAACAAUAUUGGCAUUCUGUGCUAUGAAGGUGAAGCAGCUCUAAGAGGUGAGCCCAGAAUGCAGUCUCUUCCAGUAUCCUCUGCUUUAACCAACCAUCGAACGGGGCCUCCUCCUAUCAGUCCCAACAAGAGAAAGCUCAGCAUGGACCAAGGGGAUGAUGAGCUAGACUGUGAAAACGACCAUGUUUCUAAAAUGAGUCGAAUGUUCAGUCCACAUCUAAACAAGACUGCCAAUGGAGAUUAUUGGAAGGAGCACAGAGAGAGGAGUCGCAGCCCAAUAGAGAGGGCUGCUGCGCCAACAAUGAGCCUUCAUGCCAAUCACAUGUAUGCCUCAAUCCCAAGCUUGACCAUGGAUCAACCUCUAGCACUGACCAAAAACAGCAUGGAUGCAACCCGAACAGUUGGCAUCACACCUACACUGACUUCUGUGGAACGGCAGCAGAACCGUCCAUCCGUAAUCACCUGUGCUUCUGCGAACAACCGGAACUGUAACCUCUCUCAUUGCCCCAUCGCUCACAGCGGCUGCGGUUCAGCAAUGCCCACCUACAGAAGACCCUCUAGCACUACCACUGCCUGCGACCCGGUGGUGGAAGAGCACUUCCGCCGAAGCCUUGGCAAGAACUACAAGGAGCCUGAGCCAGUGGCAAACUCUGUGUCCAUCACGGGAUCAGUUGACGACCACUUUGCCAAAGCACUUGGGGAUACGUGGCUUCAGAUUAAAGCUGCGAAGGACGGCGUUUCUAGCAGUCCCGAGUCUGCUUCACGGCGGGGCCAGUCUUCCCCUUCCUCUCACAUGGUCAAUCAUAAUCACUCGCCCUCUGUAGUCUCCUGAGGAGAGGUCCGUUAUGUUUGUGAAUUUGCAUGGUUUGACUGAGUUUUGAACAGUGCUUAAAAUAGUGUUGGGGGAGGGAAGAUUAGUUUUCAACACGUGUAUUUGCGUACUCACUUUUUAUUUGUAAAAGGGUGCCCUUAAAGAUGAUAGCAGGAACUAUUUCAUAAAGAUUCAUACGAUGUAGCAUCCUUUUUUCCUGCCUCAAUUACCAAAGAAACCUCUGAUGCAAAUCUGCUGCCCCUUAACAAAAAAAUGCACGCUAAUCCACAAAAGCCAUUACACUUAGUUGGUUGACCCAAAUGCUUUUUGCUUUUAUUAGCUUCUUGAGACUAGAAUUUGUCCGGUUUGCUUAUGUUGCUUCCCCCACCCCCACCCCCGUGAAGUAAUUUUGUAUGUAUAUACUUGAAAAGAACUGUCAUGUAUGAUUUGCACUAUUGGAGGAAGACUGAGGUUGCAUAGCAACUUUCUGGAAGAUGCUAAUAUUCUGAGGGCAAACUGCUGAAAAAAAGGGUUUGAGGAUGACAUUUCUAUCAGUUUGAUUUUUCUUAAAGCAAAACAGCUUUGGAAGGGGAAGUCUCAUACAGGUUAUAGGUCUUUCUCUCUGUAGAUUUCAGGUGCUUAGUGCUUGCAACUGGACUGCGUAAUUUACAGAACACGGGCAUUUUUUUCCUAAACACUGCAGUUUGUUAGAAUAGAGCUGAGGUCAGAGGGUUCAAUAGUGCUUAACAAUGCAUGUUUUAUGAAAAAUAGCUGGUAUCUAUUAAUGUAUAGACAGUAAGAAUCAUAAUACUUACUAGCUUUUCUUCAGAAUUAGUUUAUUUUUGUCAGUAACAACCCUAGAUAUACUUACUGCUGGUACAGUUGUACUCUAUGAUAUUUGUAUUUGAUAUUCACUUUAAGUAGCAGCCAGCAAAAGAGGACAGCCUCAGGACAGGCCUCAAGUUGACACAGUUUAGAGAUACACGGUGUGUGGUACAGGAUGCUAUAGCUUUGCGCAUGACCGAGUAAUUGUUUCUGUCUGCAGCACUGUCUGCUUAAUGGGAAUUUGCUUCCUAAAACUAAGUCUGUGUAAUCCACCUUUAACGAGCUGCAGAGACUGCUACCGUUCGGUAUCUUGGCUGGACAACAGAUUGUUACAGUUGGUGAAAUACGAUCUUUAAUUUUUUUAAGCUUAUUCAUAAGCCUAUGCCAAGUUGCAGCAUACAUUCCUCCAUUAGAAAACUUUAUACAGGUAUUAGUGCAUUUAUUAUCAUUUGCUAUAUUAAUAGCUACUAACUAGAAAUUAGGCGAUAGAGGCAGGCGUAAAACCACAGCUGGGCUAGUACUAAGAGCUUCUCUUCUUGUUAAGUAACUGCUCUCCUCCAUACAUUCCAUCUUCCCAGUACAGUUGCAACUAGGGCUUUGUUUUAUACUGGGUUACCUGAAGCGAUUGGUUCAGUGUAGGAAGGCAGAACUAGGCAGAAGAUGAACUACACGUGAUGUAUUAUGGACUAUGUUACAGUAUUGGGUCCAUUGUGGCUUUUUUAUUUUGUUUGUUGUUUUGUUGUUGUUGUUGUUUGUUUUUUUU